AUGGCGAGCUGGAGGCCAACAGAUGAGGAAGAUGCUGCUCUCUGGUUGUCCGUGCAGGCUCGUAGCGAGCAAAUGUGCAGCGGCUCCAGGAGAAGACGAUGGACUUUAGGAGAGAGAGAGGGACACAAAAAAAAGAAAUAUUUAUUAGGGAUUGGUGUUGAUCUUCAUCUCUUGCAUUUAAUAGGUAGGGACAGAAAGCUGAAGCCGCUGGAAUUCCGCACUUGUGAAUUUUUCACCCCGCUUGCUUAUCUUAUUAUUAUCACCAUGAAGGCUGCUGCAACUGGACGGUUUCUGCUGGUGCUCAUGGCUUGCAGAGUGCAUGCUGUCACCUGCAGCAGCAGCAACACCACUCCUGGGAACCAAACAGAUCGACUAUCACUGCUUGAAUUCAAGAACUCGAUCAGUUUGGAUCCACAGCAAGCAUUGGCUUCUUGUAAUGACAGCACUCAUUUCUGCAAUUGGGAAGGUGUCACGUGCAGGACGACGAGCAAUCGUGUCACUAAUCUUGAUCUUGGAAAUCGAGGUUUAGUCGGCCAAAUAUCUCCUUCGCUCGGAAACCAGACAUUCCUGAAACAGCUGUCCCUAGCAACAAACAGAUUCAGUGGACAAAUCCCAGCAGCCCUUGGCCAGUUGCAUCGCCUCCAAACCCUCUACUUGAGUAACAACACGUUACAUGGAGUUAUACCUACUUUUGGAAAAUGUUCCAAUCUGGAGAUACUAUGGCUCAAUGGGAACAAUCUCGUUGGAGGAUUUCUGGACCUGCCACUUGGACUUAAACAGCUGGAGCUUGGAUCUAACUAUCUUUCAGGUACCAUCCCUCCUUCUCUUGCCAAUAUCACAACGCUUAAGGGGUUUGGCUUCUAUUGCAAUAACAUUGAGGGAAACUUCCCACAUGAGUUUGCGAAGUUUCCGGAGCUAUAG